AGAAUAAUAAUGAUACUAUAAAUUAGUGGUCAUAAUUAGAAGAAGAAGAAAGCGGGAUAAAGAGAAGAUAGAGUGAGAAGGGGUCAGGUUGUUGAGAAUGAAGUAUGAUUUUCAAUCCCCUCCACGUUUCGUUUGCGGUCUUAUGAGAACUCAUUUUAAAUGCAAAAUCCAAGUAAACAAUGAAAUAAGAGUUACUUCUCAUUUUACCCGAUCGUGCGUGGGAUCUGUCUUUAAAUGUUCAAAUAAGAGUGAAAAAUUUUCAAGAAUUCCAAUAAAUAAUUUAGUGAGAAUAGCGGUCCUAAUAAAGGGCAGGGUGUUACCUUCGAAAUGUUGGACAAUAAAAAUAAAUAAAAUCGUUUUUUACAGUGUAGUGAUAUAAUUUAAAUGCAAAUAAUUUUCAAUACCGGUUACCAAGGACCGUUACUUAUUUAAUCCAGUGUUUGAUGAAUUUUGUAAACAUUGAAAUACAAUGGAGCUCGCUAGUAAUUCAAUUAUACUUUUUAUAUUUCAAAUAAUAUUUUAUAUUCAGUGCAUUUACGGAGAGAACAUAACUGGAAAAGUAUCUACUAACUCAUUCCUGGAUGGAGUUCACCCUGACGGAUUUGACUAUAAAAUAAAACUUUCAGAUUUAAGAGAAGUCGCCAAUAUACCCUUACCCGGUAUAAGGGUGGAAAGCCUGAAGGUUGCCAUUGUUAAGCCAUUGGUAUAUAUCCUCGUGAAUAUAAAAAACAACUCUGAAAAUGUCCAGCCAGUGCUGUAUUUUGCAAAUUCUACCAGCAAUUUUUACUGUCAAGUGGUAAACUUUGAAGGUCCUGAAAAAGCGAUCCAUAUUUCGGCGGAAAUUAUCCCAAAUAAUGUCAACAUUUUAGCCGUUUCUUACAAAAAGCACAUUGAGAUAUUCGCUAUUCAAAAUAGAAGUGGAAACUGUAGAUAUUCGCAAAUGUUACAAAAAAUACUCUGCUGCUAG